CGGCGGUGGCUGACCCCGGGGAGGAUCGCAGGAUCCCGUAAUCCGAGAGGAGGCUGGAACCUGGGGCGGGUGAAGACGCCUUCUUCUUCGCGGCCGCGGGGACGUAGGUGGCCCUUGCUCGCAGUCUUCGGCCCCGCCCCGGGAUCCGGUCCGGCCACGUGGUGGGCGGAGGGGGCGGUUCUGAGCCCUAGACCUCGCAGGACCCUGAGCCCUGGGCCACAGUUCGGGGCUGGCGCUGAGAAGCAGGCGCCGGCCCAAGACCAGCAGAGAGCGAGCUCACCGCGCGCAGCGCCAUGGCCAGCGAGGGUCGCGAGGGCGAGCACCCGUCCGUGACGCUCUUCCGCCAGUACCUGCGCAUCCGCACGGUCCAGCCCCAGCCGGACUACGGGGCUGCCGUGGCCUUCCUUGAGGAGAGAGCCUGCCAGCUGGGCCUAGGCUGUCAGAAAGUGGAGGUGGCACCAGGCCGUGUGGUGACCAUUCUGACGUGGCCGGGCACCAACCCCAGACUCUCCUCUGUCUUACUCAACUCUCACACGGACGUGGUGCCUGUUUUCAAGGAACACUGGAGUCAUGACCCCUUUGAGGCCUUCAAGGAUGCUGAGGGCUACAUCUAUGCCAGGGGUGCCCAGGACAUGAAGUGUGUCAGCAUCCAGUACCUGGAGGCUGUGAGGAGGCUGAAGGCUGAGGGCCACCAUUUCCCCAGGACCAUCCACAUGACCUUUGUGCCAGAUGAGGAAGUUGGGGGUCACCAAGGCAUGGAGCUGUUUGUGCGGCGGCCCGAGUUCCAGGCCCUGAGGGCUGGCUUUGCCCUGGAUGAAGGCCUGGCCAACCCCACUGAUGCCUUCACUGUCUUUUACAGUGAGCGGAGCCCCUGGUGGGUGCGGAUCUCAAGCAUCGGGAAGCCAGGCCACAGCUCACGCUUCAUCGAGGACACGGCAGCAGAGAAGCUGCACAAGGUGGUGAGCUCAGUCCUGGCUUUCCGGGAGAAGGAGAGGCAGAGGCUGCAGUCAGACCCCCACCUGAAGGCCGGGGCUGUGACCUCCGUGAACCUGACCAAGCUAGAGGGCGGCGUGGCCUAUAACGUGGUACCUGCAACUAUGAGCGCCAGCUUUGACUUCCGUGUGGCACCAGACGUGGACCUGAAGGCUUUCGAGGAGCAGCUGCAGGGCUGGUGCCGGGCAGCUGGUGAGGGGGUCACCUUCGAGUUUGCUCAGAAGUGGACAGAACCCCGAGUGACAUCUACUGAUGACUCAGACCCCUGGUGGGCAGCAUUUAGCGGGGCCUGCAAGGACAUGAAGAUCACUCUGGAGCCAGAGAUCUUCCCCGCUGCCACCGAUAGCCGCUACCUCCGUGCGGUGGGGGUCCCGGCGCUGGGUUUCUCACCCAUGAACCGCACACCUGUGCUGCUGCAUGACCACGAUGAACGGUUGCACGAGGCCGUGUUCCUCCGUGGGGUUGACAUAUACACGCAGCUGCUGCCUGCUCUGGCUAGUGUGCCUGCCCUGCCCAGUGACGGCUGAGUCCCAGGCUCCCCAACCUCUACCCCGGGAGUGUCCACCAGACCAGUGCCAAGGACCCCUCUGCCCCACACUCAACAAUAAAGUCUGCGUGUGGACAGGGCCA